GGCAGAUUCACCAGCUCCAUAGCUCUUGAUCGCCGAGUCGGGUCUGAGGCAAUUAGAGACUGAAAGGUCGAGAGAAACUGUUGUCCUCACUGCACAGAGGUUCCAUGGCCACAGAAGUGCUUAAGGACCCUAGCGAGGGCAGCAUAACCUUUGAGGACGUGGCAGUGUACUUUUCCUGGGACGAAUGGGCUCUCCUUGAUGAGACCCAGAAACUCCUAUACUGCAAUGUGAUGCUGGAGAACUUUGCACUUAUGGCCUCUCUAGGUUAUUGGCAUGGAGGGGAAGACGAGGAGGCACCUUCUUGGCAGAGUGUUUCUGUAGAAGGAAUGUCACAGAUAUUGAUGAUCCUCAAGUAUUUGGCUAUGACCUUCACUUGGGAGGAGUGGGGGCAAUUGGAUCUGGCACAGAGGACCCUGUAUUGGGAGGUAAUGCUGGAGACCUGCAGACUCCUGGUCUCACUGGGGUAUCCUGUUCCCAAACCAGAACUGAUCCAUCUGCUGGAGAAUGAGCAAAAUCUAUGCUUGGUGAAGAGAGGCUUCUCCUAAAGUUCC